AUGUUCAAGUUUCCUCAGAUGGACUUCGAGAUGGCUAUCUGGGAAAUGACAUCACUCCUCAUCGCUCCGAAGAAGGUCUUCAAAUCGAUAUAUUACCAUAACACCUGGCAUCGUCCGGACCCGUCAUUUACCUACCUUCUAUCCUUCUUUCUUCUCCUCACGGCCCUCGCAUGGGGCCUCGCAUAUGCGCCGUCGUUCGGGUCCAUAGUCCGUCUAUCUCUACUCUUCAUAUUCCUCCAUUUUGUCGGGUCAUCGCUGCUAGUGUCGACCGUGGGAUACUUCGCCAUCGGUCGACUCUUCGGCCCGAACGGGGCGGCGGCAUCUUUGAACGGAUUCAGGGGUGCGCGCAGUAGGAGGCGCGGCGCGGCGCAAGGUUUGUUCAUGCAACCGGGGGAGAAAGAUCAAUUGGAGUUUGGAUAUUGCUUCGAUGUCUCCAUCCGUGCAUUUUUCCCUCUAUAUCUUCAUCUCUAUGUUGUACAGUUUCUUCUCCUGCCUCUUCUCACCCGCACUCCCAGCAACUAUCUCGCUACAUUCCUCGGGAACACGCUUUAUCUGUCCGCCCUUACCUAUUAUACAUAUAUCACGUUCCUGGGCUACAACGCGUUGCCUUUCCUGCACAACACCGAGCUCCUUUUGCUGCCCAUCUUGGCAUUCGCCAUUAUGUGGCUGGUUAGCUUGAUUGCAGGAUGGGGCGUCGUUGCUCAGGGACGGGGCGUGGAGGGGCUGUUUUGGGGCGCGUGA